AUGGCCGCUCAAGUCGCUAUUCCCAAGACUCAGACUGCCAUCAUUGCGGCCGAUGCUGAGGGCACUCUCAAGAUUGCCGACAAUGUCCCCGUAAUUGAGCUUGAGCCUGAUGCGGUUCUGGUCAAGACUGCUGCUCUCGCCCUGAACCCUGUCGACACCAAGAUGUUCAAGGGUUUUGCUGCCGAAGGCGCCAUUCUCGGUUUCGACUUUGCCGGCACCGUCGUCGCUGUUGGCUCUGCCAUUACCAAGGACGUCAAGGUCGGUGACAGGGUUCUCGGCUCCGCUGACAGCAUGGACGUAAAGCGUCCUAGCGGCGGCGCUUUCUGCCAGUACGCUUCCACGCCUGCCAGUCUCACCCUCAAGCUUCCCGACGACGUGUCUUUCACCGAUGCCGCCUGCAUUAGCACCUCCCUGGCCUCUGCAGGCAUGGCCCUCUGGUUCAGCAUGAAGAUCCCCUACAACAUGGCCAACCCGGCCACGGGUGACAAGCGCCCCUACGUUCUGGUCUACGGUGGUUCUACCUCCACCGGUACCAUGGCCAUCCAGAUGCUCAAGAACGCUGGUCUGCGCCCUAUUGCUACCUGCUCUCCCCACCAUGACGAGUUUGUCCUUUCCUACGGUGCCGAGAAGGUUUUUGACUACCACUCUCCCACCUGUGCAAAGGACAUUCGCGCUUACACCGGCAAUGCUCUGGCCUACGCCAUUGACUGCAUCACCCUUACUUCCUCCAUGAAGAUCUGCUACGAGGCCGUCGGCCGUGCUGGUGGCCGCUACUGCGCCCUCGACCCCUUCCCCGAGACCCAAGCCACUCGCCGCGUUGUUAAGCCCGACUGGAUUCUUGGUUCUACCGUCAAGGGCCGUGGCUCCAUGUGGCCUGCUCCUUAUGGCCGUGAACCUGAUGCCACUGCCCGCUCUUUCUGCGAGGACCUCUACGCCGCUGCCCAGACCCGCCUGGAUGCUGGCCAGCUGAAGAACCACCCCGCCCAGGUUAUGGAGGGUGGCUUCGAGGGCCUCCUUGAGGGUAUUGAGAUGAUUCGCCGCAAGGAAGUCAACGGUUUCAAGCUUGUCUACAAGAUUGACAACUAA